AUGACUGGAAUCUCACGAGUUACUGCACUGCUCAGGGCGAGACGAGAAUCAAGGACUCUGCUGCAGAGGAGUGUGGCAUUCUGACACACAUGGGGGAGCCGGUACCUGAACACCAGCUGUCUGAUGCAAUGAAAAUGGAGGCAAGUGGGGGCCUCCUUCCCUGUGUGGGACCAGACACUGGUUUGGCCAGCAGCAAAGAGACUAGUCCAAAUGAGCCCCACAGCAGAAACUCUGUGGUAAUUUGCCAAGCAGUUGGCCGAAGUAUCUUCACUUCCAGAGUCUCCACAGCAGCUGAGAGAGUUGGCUUCAUGCUGCAACAGGAGGAGGAGAAUGAUGCAAGCUGCCCGCUGUUAUUUAUACAACUCAACGAGCUGCUCAACACGUCGGAGGGCCUGGAGUGGAAGCAGACUGCCAGAUGGAUUAAGUUUGAGGAGAAAGUGGAAGAUGGGGGCGAGAAGUGGAGCAAACCUCAUGUCACAACCCUUUCCUUACACAGUCUGUUUGAACUAAGAACAUGCAUAAAGAAAGGGACUGUCCUCCUGGAUUUAGAUGCUCACAGCUUUAAGCAAAUAGUUGAGCAGGUGAUUGCUGUUCAGAUUGAGGAGCACACCCUGAGACCAGAACUGAGGAAGAAGCUCACACAUGUGCUGCUCCGCAGACCCCAGCACCACACCACAAAGUCUGAGCUGAGGGCAGUGGCUGAGCUCACUGUUGCCUCCUGCAGAGGAAAAGCUAGUAACCUGACAAAUCCAGAAGCUGAUGUCUCAGAAACACCCCUUAAAGAACAGCUAAAAAAUCCGUUCAAGAAGAAGAUCCCAGCUGGGGCUGAAGUGUCGAACAUUCUUGCUGGAGAAGUCAGCUUUCUAGAUAAGCCAUUUAUUGCCUUCAUCCGACUAAAGGAGGCAGUGGGACUUGGGGCCUUGACUGAGGUAGCUUUCCCAAGCAGGUUCCUUUUCAUCCUCCUGGGCCCCAGAGCCAAAGUGAAAGCUUACCAUGAGAUUGGAAGGGCCAUGGCCACGUUACUCACGGAUGAGCUCUUCCAGAGAGUUGCUCAUUGGGCUCAGGACAGAGAAGACCUCAUUGCAGGAAUUGAUGAGUUUCUGGAUGAGCUGACAGUGUUGCCUCCAGGCAAAUGGGACCCAACCAUCCGAAUCCCUCCACCAAAAUGCCUGCCCUCUCCACAUAAAAGGAUAUCUAUGCACUUACGGGAAUGGAAAUCUCACUGCAAUGGGAACCUAUGUGCCACUGAGGACAGACAUGCCCAUGGGCACCAGCAUGUCAGUGAAGAGCUGAAGAGAACAGGGAGGUUAUUUGGAGGACUGGUAAAGGACAUCCGAAGAAAGGCCCCUUGGUACUGGAGCGAUUUCUAUGAUGCGCUGAACAUCCAGUGUUUUUCAGCUAUUCUCUAUAUCUACCUGGCGACUGUUACCAAUGCAAUUACUUUUGGUGGCAUGCUGGGAGAUGCUACAGAUAACAUGCAGGGGGUGCUGGAGAGUUUCCUGGGUACUGCCAUUGCUGGAGCUACCUUUUGCCUCUUUGCUGGCCAGCCCUUGACCAUCCUGAGUAGCACUGGUCCUGUGCUAGUAUUUGAAAGACUCCUCUUCUCUUUUAGCAAAGACUACAGUCUGAACUAUUUGGAAUUUCGCCUCUGGAUUGGCCUCUGGGUGGCAUUUUUUGGCUUGAUUCUGGUAGCUACUGAAGCAAGUUACCUGGUGCAGUAUUUUACCCGCUUCACUGAGGAAGGCUUCUGUGCCCUCAUCAGCCUCAUAUUCAUCUAUGAUUCUGUGAAGAAAAUGCUGAGCCUGGCUGAUUACUUCCCUAUCAACUGGAAUUUCAAGAUCAAUGACAUCACCCACUACAACUGCAUCUGCAAUUUAUCUGGCACAGGCAACUCCUCCAUAUUGAAUAAGACACUGCUUCCAGACCCUGACAGCCUUGGGGAGUACUGGGGUCUGGAGCCUGCAAACAGGUCCCAGCUGAGGAAGAAGGAAUGUUUGCAACUAGGGGGCCACCUGGUGGGCACCAGUUGUAACUAUGUGCCUGACAUCACAUUUAUGUCCUUUGUCUUGUUCCUGGGGACGUUCCUCUGCUCCAUGACCCUCAAGCGCUUUAAAUUGAGCCGCUAUUUCCCCACAGCUCUGAGGAAGCUGGUGAGUGACUUCUCCAUCAUCCUGGCCAUUCUCAUCUUCUGUGGAAUCGAUGCUUGUCUUGGAUUAGAGACUCCCAAGCUCAUUGUCCCCAUUGAGUUCAAGCCCACCAACCCACAACGAGGCUGGGUUGUAUAUCCUUUUGGAGUGAACCCCUGGUGGAUGUGCCUGGUGUCAGCAGCUCCCGCCAUUUUAGUCAUCAUCCUCAUCUUCAUGGACCAGCAAAUCACAGCUGUCAUCCUCAACCGCAAAGAGUACAAGCUGCAGAAAGGGGCAGGCUUUCAUCUGGAUUUGUUCUGUGUUUCUCUGCUGAUGAUCCUCACAUCUAUGAUGGGCCUUCCCUGGUAUGUGUCUGCCACUGUCAUCUCCCUGGCUCACAUGGACAGCCUGAAAAAGGAAAGCAUAACUUCUGCUCCAGGAGAACAGCCUAAGUUCCUUGGAAUCAGAGAGCAGAGGCUGACUGGUUUGGUGGUCUUUAUCCUCACAGGAACAUCUGUUUUUUUGGCACCUAUUCUCAAGUACAUUCCUAUGCCUGUGUUAUAUGGUGUCUUUCUGUACAUGGGUGUGGCUGCUCUUAGCAGUAUCCAGUUCAUGGACAGAAUGCAGCUUCUUCUUAUGCCAGCUAAGCACCAGCCUGACUUAAUUUACCUUCGUCACGUGCCCCUGCGCCGAGUCCACCUCUUUACCUUCAUCCAGAUGCUCUGCCUGGCUGUGCUUUGGGUCCUCAAGUCUACUGUGGCUGCCAUUAUUUUUCCAGUGAUGACCUACUUUCCUAUGAUCCUAUCUGAGCUCUCGUUUUGGCCCAAGCUGCUGGCUCUAGUGGGGAUACGGAAGGCAAUGGAGUACAUCUUCUCCCUGCAUGACCUCAGCUGGCUGGAUGACAUCAUGCCUGAAACAGACAGGAAGGAGGAAGAAGGAAAACUGCCAAGAAGUCCAGAGGCAGAGGAGAGUGACAGUGAGGAGGGAGUAUUUCCUGAUGGUCUUGCAUAUGCAGGAAGAAGGCAGCUUGCAUUCUGGGAGAAGGUCUCCAGAGCUCUACUGACAUCUCAGGUAUCAAGCCCAGCUGGUGCACAGGUGGUUUAUAGGAAAGGUGCAACACAUGGAAUGAAUGUACCACGAUAUUCAAUUUUAUGAACAAAACAGACAGGUAGUCUCUCUUUCGCACUAACUCUCUUCCAUAUCUCAUGAUGCUGGAUAGGACAACAGCAUUUCCAAAUAUUUGUUCUUCGUUGUCUGUAAUUGGAUACCAUUAGCUAAACCCUGUUUGCCACUGGGUAGCCCAGAGAAUCUAACAAUGUAUGAAAUAGGUGUCCUGUCUAUUAAACUGUUAUUCCUCUGUCAUCUCAAUCCCUUGGUUGUAAAUUCUCUAGCCUCAUUCAAUUAAAAUGAAACCAUGCUUUCUAAACUGAUUCACUCAUUCCCAUUGUAUUGUGCACGCAGGGGAAUAAGUAUUAGUGCCAGGAACAAUCUUCUCAGUGAAAGAGUCACACCAAGCAUUGUAAGUCUCUAACUGAUCCAGAAAUAGUCUCGGGCUAAGUAUGCUGUCUUGGAGUAUCUACAGUGCUAGAAGGUCCAGUUUCUCAAAGAAAAUAAAGGAGGGAGGUUAAACUCAUGCUCAUCUACAACUCAUGAAAAUCUUUCUAUCCAGUGUUUACAGCUCCAGACAGCACCAAGGCAUAUCUCAAGGGAAAGCCUUUGGAUCCUACCUUUCAGGAAAGAAAUCCUAUAACAUCUGUAACUCAGCACAGACAUAUUCCAUGGUCAAUAGAAGUGGCUAAAGUUAUAGAAUUUUACACCCUGGAUUGUGGCUUCUUCCUCUCUGAUAGGGAUGGUGUGCUCAUGAACACAAUAGCUUUCAGCAAAGAUGCUGGGAUGUGAUGGAAUGUGGCAUGCUGGGGGCAAUAAGUUACAUGUCUGUGUUAAAGACAAAAAAUCUGCAGCUUGCUCCAUUUUAUGCUGACCAAAGGCUAAGGAUAUUUUUACAGCAGGGGUGACCAAGCUGUGGCAUGGGCAGCCUCUGCGUGAGGCAGAUGAUAGAUCAAGGAGGGGACAGCCUGCAAGCAGAUAGGGUAGGAAACAGAAAGAAGAGCAGAAGAUCCAGUAGAGGAAGGGGAUUGAAGUGGCACUUGGGGAGAGUGUGGGGCUAAUUUGUGGCAUAGCUUCCAAAAAAGGUUGGGCUUUGCUGUUUUACAGGAAAAGAAAAUCCCUCUGUACUCAGGUGACUGUUUCUUUUGGUUUAUUUUUUUCAUGCUGUACAAUAGGAGUCAGUUCUAUAUGGAACUGCCCUCCUUUCGCCACAUAUCUCUAUCAUAUCCUGCUGAGCAGCGAGAUAAUAGUUUCUGUGGGGGCUGAGUCCUUGCUCCCUCAGGAUGGACCCACAUCUUCCUGAGGAUGGGGCUCUCUCUCACCAAUGCUUCUGGGACAGGCUGGGCCCCCCAGGCCCUAUCUCCAGAAAGGUAUGGGUCCAUUUUGAAGGAGCCCACAUGAGCUAUUCUCAUGCUGACACUGCCUAGUAGGACAUGAUAGAGGUAUAUGAUUAGGGCCUCUCAUAGUGUCUUCUAUUAAGAAGCAGACCCCUAAAGCAGAUUUCAGACUUUGUAGGAACAGGUGAAUGGGGCAGGUGUCAUCUCUCAAGACUGUUGUUUCAGGCUUUCUGCAGACUGAGGCAGAUUACUGCCACAUGAAUUACACUUAGGUCACAUUUUCAAGUUUUUCUUCUCACUUAGAAGGCUUGGAAACAUUUUUAAGGGCUUGGGGCCUUGCACACAGCCCUCUAGUGACUAUGGCCAUUUUUAUACAUGCUUUGGGACAUGGCAUCAGGCACUUUAAUUAGUGAGCCACAGUAAUUAAAAGUGCCUGCACAUCACAUGUAUCAGCAUUCCCACACGGAAAAAAUGGUGGCAGGGAGCUUUGAACUAAAA